UUCACUUUAGCCUCUGAAAACACAACUGGUUUCCCUUCCCCUCUUUUUAAGGUUCGCAACUUAAUGUUUUUAGACCUUUCCUCUUCUUCUUCUUCUUCUUUCUGGUUCAUUAGGUCUCAUACCUCCAUAUGUUCAUCACUUAUGGUUCAAUUUUCAAAGAGUAUCUCAUGCAUGCACUUUCAGUAGUCUAAUAAAUUUCUCCGACCAAAACAGAAGAUUUUUUUUUUUUUUUUUUAUCAUUUCACUAAUAGUAGAACAAUAUAUAUAUUACUUCUAGAUAUAUAAAUAUCAUGACAUCAAACUGGCUGGGUUUCUCUUUAUCUCCCCAAGAAAUCAAUUCUCAUCAACAAACACAAGGAGAAUGCUUUGAUCUUGCUUCUGCUGACUCAACCAUCUUACCUUCUCUUAAUCUUCCUGCUGGCCCUUUUGGCUUACUAUCCUCUCAAGAUUGGAAUUUGAGGAAUGUAAACACUACCUACAAGAACAAUAUGAUGUUAAUGGAAGAAAGGUCAUCAUCAUGCAACAAUAAUAAUAUUAACCCAAGCCUCGAGAAUCAAGAAACCCCAAAGCUAGAAAACUUCCUCGGUGGCCACUCAUUUACCACUUCCGAUCAUCAUCAAAACGGUACUAAUAAUACUGGCGGCGGCAGUGGUGGCGGCGGCGGUGGUGCUUUCGGUCUUUCCAUGAUCAAGAGUUGGUUGAGGAAUAAUCCCACUUCACAAUCUGCCUCAUCUCAACUUGAAGAGACUAACAUAAGUGAUCACAAUCAGUAUUUCAAUGCUACUACGGAAGCAAUGAGUUUUCCCGGCGGUGCUACAGCGGCGGCGGCCGUGGCUGCGAGUCAUCAGAACUUGUCACUUUCGAUGAGUACUGGCUCGCAGCCAACUUCUGCCUUGCCCCUCUUGACCGGAGGAGAAAACUCCAAUUUGGAUGACGGUGGAGAGAUGAGUUCGAGCUCGGAGAAUAAACUGGGCGUUGCCGGUGGGACGGUGGCCAUGGCGGCGGUUGCGGCCGGCAGCCUUGAUGCCCAAACCGGUGCUAUUGAAACGGUGCCUCCUCGAAAGUCUAUUGACACGUUUGGCCAAAGGACUUCUAUAUACCGUGGUGUAACAAGACAUAGGUGGACGGGAAGAUAUGAGGCACAUCUUUGGGACAAUAGUUGUAGAAGAGAGGGACAAACUCGGAAAGGAAGGCAAGUUUAUUUGGGUGGAUAUGACAAGGAAGAAAAGGCUGCUCGAGCUUAUGAUUUGGCCGCUCUUAAAUAUUGGGGUACUACUACCACUACUAAUUUUCCGAUAAGCAACUAUGAAAAAGAGAUUGAAGAAAUGAAGCACAUGACAAGGCAGGAAUACGUAGCAUCUUUGAGAAGGAAGAGUAGUGGGUUUUCUCGUGGUGCUUCCAUUUAUCGAGGUGUAACAAGACACCAUCAGCAUGGAAGAUGGCAAGCAAGGAUUGGGAGAGUUGCUGGGAACAAGGACCUUUAUCUGGGAACAUUCAGCACCCAAGAAGAAGCUGCGGAGGCCUACGACAUUGCGGCCAUCAAAUUUCGCGGACUGAAUGCGGUAACCAACUUCGAAGUGAGCCGAUACGACGUGAAAAGCAUACUAGAGAGCAGCACGCUGCCCAUUGGAUCUGCCAAGCGCUUGAAGGAUGUAGAACAGGCUGAAAUGGCUUUAGAUAUUGCUCAUAGGGCUGCUGCCGCAGAUCAUCAACAUCUAAGCUCGCAUCUUGUAGCCGAUGGAAUUCAUAGCUACGGCGCACACUCCGCAGGCUGGCCUACAAUUGCAUUCCAGCAACAAACUCAGCCAUUGUCAGCCAUUCACUAUCCGUCCUAUGGUCAGCAGCAACAGCAGCAGCAGCAGAGGUUAUGGUGCAAGCAAGAAACCGGUUCUGAUGUGACGGCCAGUAGUUAUCAGGAUUUCCACCAGCUUCAGCUGGGAAACACGCAGAAUUUCUUACAGACAACUGUUCUGCAUAACCUCAUGAGCUUGGAUUCGUCAUCCAUGGAGCAUAGCUCAGGGGCUAGUUCUGUGAUAUACAGCAAUGGAGGACAAUCGGCUGGAGCAAAUGGUUCAUAUCCAGGCAUCAACGGAUAUGGAAACAACAACAGCAGCAGUUAUCUUCUGCCAAUGAGUACAGUUAUAGCUGAUCAGGAAGGGAAUCACAGUACUAAUGGUUUAGGAGAAAAUGGGGUGAAAGCUAUUGGGUAUGAGAAUAUGUAUGCAAAUUCAAGUGAUCCGUAUCAAACCCGCAAUUUCUACUAUCAUCAUCAUCCUCAACAAACUACACCAUCAUGCAAUACUUGGGUGCCUACUGCAGUCUCGCCACUAGGAACAAGGAGUAAUAUGGCUGCCGUUUGUCACGGAUCUUCAACUUUUACGGUAUGGAACGACACCUAGCUAGCUAUACUACACACCCCAGCUGGGAUGGUAAUGGGCUUAACAAUGGAUGUACACAGAUGACUAAUUCUUUUCUUUGCUUCUGGCCUUGGUGACUAAGAUAUUAGGCUAGGCUUUUGGUUUUGGUUAUUCAUUUAAAAAUGUGUUUUUGGAAGGCUAAUUAGAAGACAGAGGUUAGGGAUAUGGCUGAAGUUCGUGAAUAGCAGGUGAAGAGUAGCGUGUGUUAAUCGCUGCCUGCUAUGAUUUUGGAAAUUUGGUUGCGAAUACAUUCUCGGAAAUUAGAUAAUUAUAGUAGG